UGACUGUCAGCGAAACGUCCUAGUGCAAAACAUGGCUUUCCCCGGGGGUGUGUUGUUGUGGUCGUUGCUGUUGUUAUCGACCGUAGCAAUUGAAAUAACACUUUCAUCUUCUCACACUUUUGAGAUUGAUUAUGAGAAUGACUGUUUUCGCAAAGAUGGCAAACCAUUUCGCUACAUCUCCGGCAGCAUUCACUACAACCGAGUACCUCAAUAUUACUGGAAGGACCGACUAGUUAAGAUGUACAUGGCAGGAUUAAAUGCAAUUCAGACGUAUGUUCCAUGGAACUACCACGAGCCUUCACCCAAGCAAUACAACUUUACAGGAGACCGGGAUUUGGAAUCAUUUUUGCAGCUGGCCAAUGACAUUGGAUUAUUGGUGAUUCUGAGACCUGGGCCGUACAUUUGUGGAGAAUGGGAUAUGGGUGGCUUACCUGCGUGGUUAUUGAAGAAGAAAGAUAUUGUGCUGCGAUCUUCUGAUCCUGAUUACAUUGCUGCUGUAGACCAGUGGAUGGGUGAACUGCUCCCUAGAAUCAAGCCUUUUCUGUAUCAGAAUGGAGGUCCAGUGAUUACAGUGCAGGUUGAAAAUGAAUAUGGUAGCUACUUUGCAUGCGAUUACAAUUAUCUGCGGCAUCUCACAAAGCUUUUCCGGUCCCAUCUGGGGGAUGAAGUGGUGCUGUUCACAACUGAUGGUGCCGGUGAAGGUUACCUAAAGUGUGGGGCGUUGCAGGGACUUUAUGCAACAGUGGAUUUCGGGCCAGGUGGUAAUGUUACGGCACAGUUCCUUACACAAAGACAUGCUGAACCCAGAGGACCACUGGUGAACUCUGAGUUUUACACAGGCUGGUUGGACCACUGGGGUGAGCAGCACUCGAUUGUUGACAAAAACAUUGUAGCGAAGUCGCUGAAUGAAAUCCUUGCUGCUGAAGGCAACGUCAACCUAUAUAUGUUUAUUGGCGGAACUAACUUUGCUUAUUGGAAUGGUGCAAACACUCCAUAUGCUCCCCAACCCACUAGCUAUGACUAUGACUCUCCUCUGUCUGAGGCAGGGGAUCUGACUGACAAAUACUUUGCCAUACGGGAUGUUAUAAAAAUGUACAGAAAAGUACCUGAUGGUCCAAUACCUCCAUCUACCCCUAAGUUUGCCUAUGGAGCUGUUAAAAUGAAACCGCUUCUGACAGUCACAGACGCCCUUGAUAUGCUGUCGUUUUCUGGACCAGUCAAAAGCAGCUACCCUUUGACCUUCAUUGAAAUGAACCAGCUUUUUGGAUUUGUUCUGUAUCGCACAGUCUUACCUAAAGACUGCAGUGAGCCGAUCCCUCUAUCAUCACCAUUAAAUGGUGUCCAUGAUCGUGCUUAUGUGACUGUUGAUGGGGUUCCAAAUGGUAUUCUUGAGAGAGACAAAACUUUAACCAUUAAUAUUACUGGAAAAGCUGGAAAUAAGCUUGACGUACUUGUGGAGAACAUGGGCAGAAUAAACUAUGGCAAAGACAUCAAUGACUUUAAGGGUCUUGUGUCCAAUCUUACCCUGGGUCCAAACCUCCUGAGCGGCUGGUUAAUCUACACAUUGAAUAUUGACGAUGCAGUCAGCAGUGGCCUCUUAAACGAAAGACAGGAAUACAGACGUGGCACGCCUGCACCUUCCAAACUCCUCGCUCCUGCCUUCUUUGCAGGUAGCUUUAAGAUUCCUAGUGGGAUACCUGAUCUACCUCAAGACACCUACAUCAGAUUCCCUGGCUGGAGAAAGGGUCAAGUUUGGAUCAAUGGGUUUAAUGUCGGUCGGUACUGGCCGGCCAGAGGCCCUCAAGUGACCUUGUACGUCCCAGCUCACAUCCUGAGUACAACGGCACCCAACAACCUCACAGUGCUGGAACUGGAGAGCUCUCCCUGUGACUCAGGGCCCUGCACUGUGGAGUUUGUGGAUACACCUCUCUUGAAUGCUACAGUGGCACACUCCACACUACAGAAAGAGUUGUUUGUUAAGGACACCUGGCUUCAUUCCAAUUGAACAAUGGGAUGCCAGUAAUAGAAAAUGCGCAUGUGAUUAUGGGCUUCAUAUCCUCUGACAGAUUUGCACGUCAUUAUCUUUUAAUUGCUUCUGUUUUCCCCUGUUUGCCUCUAGUUCUGAGAAACAUGAUGCACAGAUGCAACUCUUUUAGCUGCAGAGCCCCAAACCCUAGGUUUUGCUGACUGGCAACAAGUGGUUUUAAAACCAUAUAUGUAUAUUUCACAGCAAAAUGUUAGACAGUUUGUGAGUUUGUUCUACUUUGUGGAAUGUGUGAUAAAGGAUGUGUCCAUUAUCUCAUGUUCUGAAGUGCUUAAUGGGAUUGGAAAAUUAUACUCUGGGUGGCAAAUACAGAAAUCAGCCACUCAGCAUGCCAAUUUAAGUUUAAUCUCUGUUAACAAAGACCUGGAAAUUAUUGUACUCUCAAAAUUGCAUUCUGUGCAUACUUUAACUGAUAAAAUAAAUUAGUACAUGUACUCAAAGUCCACUUCCCAGACUUUGAAAACAGACCCUUAAAAGUGUAUGCAGUUCUUAUUGUAGCAUUGUGUUUCUGUCUUUCUGGAUUUUUCCACUGUGGAAAAAUGAAAGAAAUUAUAGAACAUCACCUUUAAAUAUUUGCUCAAUUAAAUACUUUAGAUAUAUCUAAUGUUCCCUAAAAUGUACCCCCAAAAGCACCACUUGAAAAAACAGGUGAACCAGCUUAAAGCCCAUUUCUAAAUGUUAGAAUUCUCACUCUGUUUCUGCAUGUGUAUGAUAAUGUAUAUGACAACCAUUCAGGGAAUUUUAAUAUGUGCCAGCUACU